CACUCUGACGGCACCGGCAGCUGCUUCUGCAGUGUGGGAGGGCAGUCUCUUCUUUCUCUUCUUCUCCUCUCGAGGGUUGUGAAAGGUUCCCUGUAUAAGGAAUCCUGCAGCCUUCAAGAGUUCCACUUCUCCCUGCGUCUCGCUUAGUGGCCUACCCCAGAAACAAAAGUCUCCUUUCAUCCAGUAACUGAACCGCGAGCAUCAUGUCAUUCAAGGGUGGUCGUUACAGGGGAUCUGUGAAAGAUUUCCCUGACUUUGAUGCCAGCCAGGAUGCUGAAACUCUCUAUAAGGCCAUGAAAGGAAUUGGCAGUGAUAAAGAAGCCAUAUUGGGCCUCAUCACCUCCAGGAGAAACCACCAGCGUAUUGAAAUCAUUCAAGCCUACAAAUCCCUCUAUGGAAAGGAUCUUAUUGAUGAUCUGAAAUAUGAGCUGACAGGAAAAUUUGAGAGGCUUAUCGUGGGAUUGAUGCGCCCCGCUGCUUAUUUUGAUGCCAAGGAGAUGAAGGAUGCUAUAGAUGGUGUUGGCACCGAUGAAAAAUGCCUUAUUGAGAUCCUGGCGUCCCGAGACAACCAGCAGAUCCAUGCACUAGUGGAGGCCUACAAAGAUGCCUACGGUCGAGAUCUGGAGACAGAUGUGAUCAAAGAUACAAGCGGCCACUUUAAGAAGAUGCUGAUUGUUUUGCUACAGGGAACUCGGGAAGAAGAUGAUGUAGUGAGUGAAGAUCUGGUGCUGCAAGAUGCCCAGGAUUUAUUUGAUGCUGGAGAGCAGAAAUGGGGGACAGACGAGGCUCAGUUUAUCUAUAUCCUGGGAAGCAGGAGCAGAGAACAUCUUAGGAUGGUUUUUGACGAGUAUGAGAAAAUUGCUGGAAAGCCCAUAGAAGAGAGUAUUAAAGGAGAGCUUUCUGGGGACUUUGAGAAGCUCAUGUUGGCCGUAGUACAAUGUAUCCGCAGCAUCAGGGAUUAUUUCGCUACCAGGCUGUACAAAGCCAUGAAGGGCAUGGGUACAGCUGACAAUACCCUUAUCCGGAUCAUGGUUUCACGCAGCGAGAUUGACAUGAUGGACAUUAGAGAGUCAUUCAGGACAAAGUAUGAGAAGUCCCUCUACUCAAUGAUCAAGCAUGAUACAUCUGGUGAAUACAAGAAGGCUCUGCUGAACCUGUGUGGAGGGGAUGACGACGCCGCUGGGGAGUUUUUCCCAGAAGCAGCUCAAGCAGCCUAUCAGAAGUGGGAGCUUAGCGCCGCGAUGCGCGUGGAGCUGAAAGGAACCAUCUUUCCUGCAUCAGGUUUCAAUGCAGACGCUGACGGGAAGGUUUUGAGGAAGGCCAUGAAGGGAAUUGGUACCGAUGAAGAUGCCAUCAUUGACAUAAUAACCAAGCGCAGUAAUUCUCAGAGGCAAGAAAUAUUAAAGGCUUUUAAGUCCCACUUUGGACGGGACCUGAUGGCAGAUCUGAAAUCAGAACUCUCUGGUACAUUGUGCAAGCUGAUCCUUGGUCUUAUGAUGACACCGGCCCAGUUUGAUGCCAAGCAGUUAAACAAAGCCAUAGCGGGGGCAGGGACAGAUGAAAAAGUUCUCAUUGAAAUUUUGGCCACCAGAACAAAUGAGGAGAUCCAUGCCAUUAACCAAGCUUAUCAGAACGCUUAUCACAAGUCACUGGAAGAUGCUGUAAGCUCAGACACAUCUGGACAUUUGAAGAGGAUCCUUGUGUCACUGUGUUCGGGUAACCGAGAUGAGGGUGGUGAAGACAUGGACAAAGCCACAGACGAUGCUAAGAUUCUUGCCUCAGUUUUGGAAGUCUCUGACUCUGUAUCUGGUGAUACCAGCUCCUUGGAGACACGCUUCAUGACCAUCUUGUGCACACGUAGUUAUCCACAUCUCAAAAGAGUAUUCCAGGAGUUUAUCAAGCAGACAAACCAUGAUGUGGAACAGACCAUUAAGAAAGAGAUGUCAGGGGAUGUCAAGAGUGCUUUUGUUGCCAUUGUACGCAGUGUGAAAAAUAAGCCAGCAUUUUUUGCGGAGAGACUCUAUAAAGCAAUGAAGGGAGCUGGAACAGAUGAAAGAACACUCAGCAGGAUUUUGGUGUCCAGAAGUGAAAUCGACUUAUUCAACAUCCGUCAAGAGUUUAAGGCAGCCUAUGAAAAGUCACUGCACCAUUGCAUUGAGAGUGAAACGUCUGGGGAUUACUGCAAAGCCCUGCUGGCCAUUGUAGGCGGUGAUGACUAAUCUACGAAGAUCUAUCGCACUCAAGUCCAAGAUGUGGCUGCAGAAGUCCACAUACCAAAUGUCUUUACAUUAGCUAGAGUCCUGGACCUGAUGACCACACACACAUGAAAAGCAAACUUUGCAAGAAGAUAGCGCAUUACAGAUAGCGCAUUACAGAUAUCCAUUGGCUUGGGACUGGGUGGGUGGAUGGGAGGGAAUGAAGAAGAUUUAAAAAAAGGGUAGCUGUUUACAAUUAGUAAACUUUUUUGGAAUAC